ACUAUGCCCCAGACACCAGUAUUUUCAAGCAUGCUUGGUUCCAGUUGUAGUGGGCAAGUGCAGCCAGACAUGGGAGAGAGAUGUGUGGACCCUGUUUAUCAGGAUGGGAACCUUGUUUCUGGAUCACUGGAGGCCUUGAUAGAGCGCCUGGUGCCCACCAUGGACUAUUACCCAGAUAGAACUUACAUCUUCACUUUCCUAUUGAGCUCACGUGUCUUCAUUCACCCACAUGAGCUCCUGGCUAAAGUGGGGCAAAUCUGCAUUAAACAGAAGCAGCAGCUGGAAACGGGGACUGAGGCAGAAAAGGCAAAGUUAAAAUCCUUUGCUGCCAAAAUCAUCCAGCUCCUGAAGGAAUGGACUGAAACUUUCCCCUAUGAUUUCCAAGAUGAAAAAUCCAUGAAAGAGUUGAAGGAGAUUGCUCACAGGAUCACACAAUGUGAUGAGGAAAAUGGAACAGUGAAAAAGAUCAUUAGCCAGAUGACACAGAAUCUCCUGAUGGCCCUCUCUGCACGGAGCCAAUACCAGGAAAUCAGGGAGAAAUUCCGGCAACCUGUUACUGACAAAGGCACCAUCCUCAAAACCAAGCCACAGUCAACUAUAAAGGACAUCCUGAGUGUGUGCUGUGACCCUCUGAUCUUGGCACAGCAGCUGACCUACAUCGAACUGGAAAGGGUGAGCAACAUUUACCCAGAGGAUCUGAUGCAAAUUGUCAGCCACAUGGACUCCCUGGAUAAUCACAAGUGUCGAGGUGAUGUGACCAAAACCUAUAAUUUGGAGGCCUAUGACAAUUGGUUCAAUUGUCUCAGCAUGCUGGUGGCUACAGAGAUUUGUCGGGUUGUAAAGAAAAAGCAGCGUACAAGAAUGGUGGAAUUUUUCAUUGAUGUGGCAAGAGAAUGCUUCAAUAUUGGAAACUUCAACUCAAUGAUGGCUAUUAUCUCUGGCAUGAACUUGAGUCCUGUGGCACGGUUAAAGAAAACUUGGUCCAAGGUCAAAACAGCCAAAUUUGAUGUUUUAGAGCAUCACAUGGAUCCAUCCAGCAACUUCUGCAAUUACCGCACAGCCCUGCAAGGAGCAGCACAGAGAUCUCAGACUGCCAACAGCAAUCGAGAGAAAAUUGUCAUCCCAGUUUUCAACCUGUUUAUUAAAGACAUCUACUUUCUGCACAAAAUACACACGAACCGCUUGCCCAAUGGGCAGAUCAACUUCAAGAAGUUCUGGGAAAUUUCAAGACAGAUUCAUGAUUUCCUGACAUGGAAGCAGGUUGAGUGUCCUUUUGAAAAAGACAAGAAAAUCCAGAGCUAUCUACUCACAGCACCCAUUUACAGUGAAGAAGCUCUGUUCAUUGCAUCCUUUGAAAGUGAAGGUCCAGAAAACCACAUGGAAAAAGACAGCUGGAAAACACUCAGGACAACUCUGCUUAAUAGAGCCUGAGAUUUUUGGAUUUGAUCUGCAGACUUUGAAGCACAUCGAAUGAACAUGUUUUUACAACCUGAAAGACUUGGACUGAGCUAAGAAAGGCCUCACUGGAUGAGGUCUGUUUUGUAUAUAUAGUAGCUUUUAUGAAAUAAAAUGUGGUAAAUAUUUCACAUGUCAACCUUAAGGCACUUACUGAAGGGUUUUGUUUUUUAUUUUAAAUA